GAAUAUAUGAGAGCGAUGACAAGCGAGUGGUGAGGGGUGUGCCUGACAGGCUAUUUUUGGCUGUUUCCUGAAUUGGAGGCGUCCUCGAAGGUAUGACUACGUUGCGGUCGAUUAGUACAACGAUGCCUGGCCGGCGCACAGCAGUUGCGUUUUUGCUGCUACUAACGAGUCAGUGCGCUUUGCGUGUGGCGGGGGCAAAGGAUAUAUGGCAUAAUCUGUAGAAGUGGGCACUACUUUUGCUCUUGCAUAGUCACACAUAUUGCUAGCACAUAAGUAGCCAUGAAUCCUAAUGGGUUGUAGUUGUACUCUUCAUGUUCACUUCAUCUCCCUGUCAUUCCCAUUACCAGUAGCAUUCAUUCCCAGCAUGUAUCUCUCAAUUUUUCUCUAUCACGUUCCCACAAUUUUUCGCUUUCAUGUCCCGCUGCAGAGAAGCGGCGAUACCUCAUUUUGGGCGGCACGGGGAUUCGGAGUUACCCGACGACGGAGAUGUUUCUGCAGAAAGGUCAUGAUGUGGUGUUGCUAAACCGCGGAAUUCCUUAUUGGGACGUGCAUGAGCGACUGUUGAAGCCUGGAAAAGUGACGCACUGGAAAUGCGACAGAGAGGAAAAGUUGCAAAACUGCAAACCUCUCAUCGACGACCUGGGGACGUUCGAGGCCUGCAUCGAUUUUUCCUCUCGGAAAUGGGAAGGCAUCGAUAACGCGAGGACGUAUCUGAACGACAAGUGUGGCUUCUACAUCUUCGUGUCGUCGUUCAAAGUGUACGAUGUCAGUGGAGCGAUCCCGAAGCUGACGAAAAAGUUCAUGCAUAAUAUUAUGGCCCGGCAGGAGGAUCAAUAACAGGAACAGUCAAAAGCCUAACAAGAAUCCAAAAACAGGCUAGACUAGCGACUAGCGGGUAGACAACGCCUGGGAAAUCUCAGGCAGAUCGCCGAGUAGAUUCAAAUCAUCAAUAUUGAGACUCUGCACUAUAGUUCAUUUUUUUUCCCGCAGGCUCGUUGGUAGUCUCUGCGUCUUCCUACUUCGGAUUCGAGGAAAGUCACAAUCUCGUAACUUAGAGCUUGGGAUGAAGCUAAUGACUCCAGUUAGAGCUCAUCAUCCUCUGUCUAAGAAAAAGGGCAUCAAAGAAGACAUGAUGAGGAGACCCAGCAAGGCCGUUUCACCUCUGGAGCGACACGAAAUUAUAGCCGCAAACCCAAUCGCAGACGCGACCUUUCAGGUGGAAGAGUACGGCAGUGUGACAGUAAGGAGUUCGUUGAUAUAGAGAAAGACUCAUUUCCGGAGAAUAGGUUCGGCACGGUAGACUAGAAGUACUACUAUCUAAGGAUGCGAAUGAAUGAAAAAGGUUCAACACGACAAACUUCGAAUAAAGUUCAUCCGUGCUGAAAUGUAAGUUGAUCACAGAAACACUAUCGCCCUACACUACUCCUAUAAAUAUAUGGGGAACAUCUCUUAAUUACUACAAACAAUAUCGCCCUCGGACAACUAGUAGCACUACUAGCCGUCCGAUUUAGUUUUAGAUGGAGAAGAGACAUCUUGUUGAUUGGUUUGAUGUGAUGUUGCAUUAGCCCACUUCAUAAAGCGGGGCUUGAGAAGAAUUACAAUAGCCACAACGGAUGGCCAUACGCGAUUCUUAGGGUAGGGAAUAUGCUAGGCGGCAGAGAGGCGAUAAUGCGGUUGUGGUUUCUGCAACUGUGGCUUCAUGGCCAUCAGACACUAGGUAUCGAAAGGCUUAUAAUAGAUCACUACUUCGUAAGAUGGAUGAUGGAUUGUAUCUUUAAUAUUUCAUGAAUUUUGAUGUUGGGUAGACUAGUAGUACUGAUACCGAUGCUUCUACGCAUGGAAAGUUGUCAGGGACAGGUUCAAUACUUGUUCUAGAAUACUUCUGAAGGUACAACUUGUGCUUACUCUCUUCAGUUGUGUGCCAUGAUCCCCUUGCUUUUAUGGUGAUGCUGAUUCCACUCAUCACAGGUAUGCCCAUGCACACGACGUCGACCUUGCCUAUGAGUUUCACCUACUCCUACGACAUUGCACAAGCCGUUGCGAAGAUAGUCACAAUGACGCGCAACGAAACGCUCAAGGAAGAGGUAAUAACUGCGUGCCCAAGGAAAAUGAUGAAAUGAGUACGUUUCAUUAUUUGUCUCGAGGAAUCACUUCCACAAUACUACAUGCUAAUAGUCGACUGUGAUUUAUCUAAAAUUUUUCAUUCUUUCUCAGAGACAAAAUCAACAUCCACUUUGUCUUUGCCUUAGUUCCCAGCAUGCGCACCACGUGAACCAGAUAACCGGUGAAGCCUUCAACAUCGCAUGCGAGGAGAUUAAAGAUCAGUACAGUUUGUAUUACGCGAUUGGCGACGUCAUAGGGCUGCCGAAAAUAGAGCACAUAACGAAUCCGAACCGCACAGAGAGCAUUGUGAUGUUCCCGGAGAACAAGGAAGGGCAUACCAUGAACAUCGAAAAAGCGAAACAAGUGUUGAAAUUUAUGCUGGUUUUGACGAUAAAUAGGUUCGUUGAACUUAGAGUUGAACUUAGAGUUGAACUUAGAGUUGAACUUAGAGUUGUACUUACGUAGUUGUUAGUUAGUAAUAUUUCGUGGACGUGGACCAUGGAGUCGUGUGGCUAGUCACCUAUACCAUAGUUCUACAGGUCGAUACUGCUAGACGGAUUUUUCCACCCUCUCCCCCUCUCCUUCUUCCUUUCAUCGUAAUCAAGCCGACGAAUCUGGAGAAGGCCAUACGGGAAAGCGCUAGGUUCUAUGAGCAGGCGAUGAAGGGAGAAAAGUGGGCGAUUCAACGCAAGAUUGUUCUAGGACACAUCGCAAGCAUGAUGGGCACCAGAAGACUAGUAGAUUGGGUGGAAAAACGGUUCCUAGAGAAGAAGGGGUUGUAUGACGAAUACGAUGAGGAAGAAUAUGAGGAAGAACUUGAGGAGAAAUUUAGGAGGGUAGAAUUGUGAGGAGUCCAAGUCCUAUGUAUAGUACUUGAUGAUUUCACAAGACUAACAGACAGCUGAUGCAUUCACAACUGUCCAAAAACCGGUGACCAGUUUCUACAUCGCAACGGUGAACAGUUGAGAUGUAAGACGCAUCACGCAAUGAC